UUUAAUAAACUAUUAAAAUUUGUGGUGAAAGAAUGGGAGGAACUGAAAUUAAAUGAAGUGCAUAUUCUAGAAGAAAUCACUAUUCAGGGUAGUAAAAUAGCGCACUUAUAUCGCAAUACUUUAUUGUCUUUUUUGAUAUUGUUUUUACUUGUCCCUAUGUAUUUCCCUGUUCUGGAUAUGAUUGAUACAUUAAAUCAAACUCGAUCACGACAACAACUACUUAGAGUCAAUUACAUGGUUUUUAACGCUGAUGAUUACUUUUUCUAUGUGUAUUUACAAUUAGCUUGGGGUGCAAUUGUUAUCGUGAUGAUCGUAAUUACCGUAGAUUCUUUGUAUAUAAUUAUAAUUCAUCAUGUAUGUGGAUUGUUCGCUGUGUGUAGUCACGAAAUCCAAGAAACAAUAAAAUAUUUGACAAUAUUCCCUAAUACUGAAAAGUGCUCGUAUAAAGAAUUAGAAAAUUGCGUGAUCAAGCACAAUAAAGCAAUCAAGUUUUAUAAUAUUCUAAAUAAUAGUAGCCAACUGAGUUAUUUGCUUCAGAUUGGAAUAAAUAUAAUGGGUAUAAGCACGACAGCUUUUCAAUUAGCCGUAAAUUUAGAUACCAGACCACAAGAAGCAAUCAGAAAUGCUGUAUUUUGUGGAGCCAAUCAAUUUCAUUUAUUUGUGCUUAGCUUACCUGGACAGAUACUUCUCAAUCAUUGUGCCGAACUUACGAAUACAAUAUAUUGUUCUAUGUGGUACAAAUUACCAGUAAAAAUUCAAAAAAUGUUUAACAUAAUACUAAUGAGAAGUAAAAAAUCAUGCGCAUUAACGGUAUACGGAUUAUAUGAAUUGAAUAUGGAAAAUUUUGGAACAACUUUCAAAGCUUGUAUAUCGUACUUUACUAUGAUGCUGUCGCUAAAGUAAUAUAACGUUAAAUAAUUGAAGAGUUUCAUCACAUGAUGUUUUACUUGAUGUUAAGUAAUUUAUAUUAAACGUGCAAAUAAAAUUAAUAUAAUCAUUACCAAAGUUAUGAUCUUCAUUUUAUUUCACUGGAUUUUCUAGCAUUCUUGCGAAUAUUUAUAUACUAACAUAAUUCGUUAUGAAUUAAUACGCAAGGAAAAC